AUGGACUGCAAGCUCCUCUGCUGGACGGCCCUCUGCCUCCUGGGGCCAGGACCAGAGGGUUCCAGAGUCAUCCAGACCCCGAGACACCUCAUCAAAGCACAAGGGCAGCAGGUGAAGUUGAGCUGCUCCCCCAUCUCGGGCCACCCCUCGGUGUCCUGGUACCAGCAGGCCCGGGGCCAGGGCCCUCAGUUCCUCCUUGAGUACUUUGAAGGGACACAGAGAGGCAAAGCCAACAUCCCGGACAGGUUCUCAGGCCAACAGUUCUCUGACUACCGCUCGGAGCUGAACCUGAGCCACUUGGAGCAAGGGGACUCGGCUGUGUUCCUUUGUGCCAGCAGCCUAGACACGCACAGCCCUUCAGGGCCACUGUUCCCCUGUGUGCAAACCUGCCUGGCUCAGGAAGUGACAGGGAGAGGCCCUCACAGCGCCCUGGACUCAGCCAUUUCCCAGAACCCCAGACACCUGGUUACACAGAUGGGAGGCCGUGUGUCCCUGUACUGUGAGCAGAACCUGGGCCACAAUGCCAUGUUCUGGUACAGGCAGGACUCCACACAACAGCUGAGGGUCAUGUUUAGCUAUAAUAAUAGAAAACUCAUUGUAAACGAGUCUGUGCCUGGCCGCUUCUCCCCCAAAAGCCCAGACCAAGCUCACCUGAGCCUUCAUAUUGACGCCCUGCAGCCGGGCGACGCGGCCGUGUACCUGUGCGCCAGCAGCUGA